AUGUGUAUGAUAGAGUUGCAACAACCAAAAUUCUUAUGUCUGAUCAGCGAAAUUCUCGAACUGGAGCUUCUAUACUUAGAUGAGAUGGCGGAACGAGUAGCAGUAGCGAUAGCGUUACGUAGCUGGGAAACAACUCGUGAAGAUCGCGCUGAGUUAUUGGAACAAAUCACCGAGCGACUAGCCCGUAUCACGAAUCAUCACUACAACUACGAUAAUCUGCUUUAUUCUACACUCUCCGCAAUUCACCAACUGCCGGCGGCUUGUGUAGAAACGAUGCGCGAAUUGAUGAAACGGGCUACCAGUAAAACAGCAAAAUGUAUGCUUGUGCAUCUCUGUGCUGAUGUGAUGCUUACUUAUGCAGACGCUAUUGAGAUGUAUAGAAGGACCUCUGCAAGACAGAUCGGUGCACGAUCGGACGCACAGUGGACAACUGGAACCGUUUCUGAUGCGUACUUUGCA